GCAAGUCUACUUAUUGCUUAGAACAUUUGAAGACAUUCAGAAUGUCUCUAUCCUGUUUUCUCUAAGAGAAUUUAAUGAUGACGAAAGCGCAAAGCCAAUUUUCAUGUGCUACUAUCUUCUGUUCUUUUGAAUUGUAUGAAAUAUAUAUCAUUCUAGUGUUUCAUUAACUGUGACAUAAUUUUAGCUCCGUCUGUGGUAUACUGAAAUGAAUGCGCGUUCAGUUUUCAAGCAUCACUUCACGUGUCAGUACUUGACAGAAUUCAUUACCUCAAGUUUACUUGUUACAAACAGUUUAAUGAGCAAGUUUCUGAAACAAGAAAACAAAGGCACUUUGCUAUGUGGACAACAUCAAGAAAGGACCGGAACUAUCUUACAUCUAUGAUGGAAAAAUAUGAAAAACUAGCAAAGAUUGGAGAAGGUUCUUACGGCGUUGUUUUCAAGUGCAGAAACAGAGAAAAUGGACAAAUCGUAGCUGUUAAAAAGUACGUAGAGACAGAAGAUGAUCCUCUGAUCAAAAAGAUUGCUCUACGUGAAAUCCGUAUGUUAAAGCAACUGAAGCAUCCAAAUCUUGUAAACCUCAUUGAAGUCUUCCGAAGAAAAAGAAAGCUGCAUUUAGUUUUUGAAUAUUGCGAACAUACAGUCCUAGAUGUCUUGGAAAAACAUCCUAAAGGGGUUCCAGAAAAUUUGACAAAAAGGAUCAUAUGGCAAACCCUGCAAGCUGUUAACUUUUGUCAUGAACAUAACUGCAUACAUAGAGAUGUAAAGCCAGAAAAUAUAUUAAUAACAAAGGAUGGUAUUGUCAAACUUUGUGUCGGUUUCGCCCGGACUUUAAAUCCAGGAGAUAAUUACACCGAUUACGUGGCCACUAGAUGGUAUAGAGCUCCUGAGCUAUUAGUUGGUGAAACUCAGUAUGGUCCUGCUGUUGACGUGUGGGCAAUUGGAUGCGUGACAGCAGAACUUCUAAGAGGAGACGCACUCUGGCCAGGAAAAUCGGAUGUGGAUCAGCUGUAUUUGAUAAGGAAAACACUCGGCGACUUACUACCAAGACAUAUGCAAGUGUUUCGAUCUAACGAAUUUUUUGCCGGAGUAUGUAUUCCAGAACCAGAUGUCAGGGAGAGUUUAGAUAGCAAAAUACCAAAGCACGUUCAUGAACAUGGAGUUGACUUUAUAAAGAGAUGUCUGGACAAAGAUCCUCAAAAACGGUAUACGUGUGAGCAGUUGCUGAGGCAUCCUUUCUUUGAUAAUUUCAAAAUGCCAGACUUGGAUAACUCAGAUGAAACACAAAGGAGUAAAAGAGAAAAAUCAAAGGUCUCUUAACUCUUUUAAAUAUGAAUAAUAAAAUUAGAAAUACUAUAGAAUCUAACCAGACAACUAAUUUUCAUACUAAUUGUAAAAGCGAAACCAAACGUAUAGAAAUUGAAUUUUAAAAGUUUUAUUGGAAGUCAAUUUCAAAAUU